AUGCACCCCUUCUCGACCGUGACCCUCGGCAUCUUCGUCGCUGGCUACAUCACCGCGCGCUGGGACCUCGUUACUCGCCUCUAUGAGCUGGCCAUCUUUGCCGUGGAAUACGGAGUUGUCUUGCGUGUAGCCCGCGGGAUUGUGGUCCUGACUGCCUUCUACCUUGCCAUCUUUGUGCCAGUGGCCCUCCUCGCCAGGAGAGAAACAAGCCUUCACCCACGAGAUCCUGGAGUUGGAAUAUCUGCGCGAGAGCAGCUCAAGCGACGAGGCUCAAUCUGA